AACCACCAUCAAUUUUUGUCUGAGUUUCACAGACCUUGGUGGAGCCCAACUUAAGCCUCCUCGGUCCCCGUAUAGGGUUUAUGCCUGCAACCUCUCGCACCAUACCAGUCACUCUCUUCUAAGCAUCGGAAGCCAUGGAUGCACCAAGCUUAUGUUAACCUAAUCACGACCACAAUGCCCAGAUAACAUCCUCAAUUCCCUGAAAUCAUACCCCUAGCCCCAACAAAAUGAGAUAUUUACGGUUCAUUUCCCCACAUUUUUCUAGUAUUCACAAAACCCUAUACCCCCAAAGCCCUAAUCUUCUAUCCUUUCUCCAAUCGAAGCCCCAGAUUUGUUCACAUUUCGUGUGCAAUUACACCACUGAUGCACCGGAACAAAAACCACCUCCGUCCGAGACGGUGUCGGCGAUCGCGGAUGAGAUCUCGGGCCUGACUUUGCUUGAAGUCUCGGACCUCACGGAGGUUCUGAGGGAGAAAUUGGGCAUAAAGGAGAUGCCGGUGAUGGCGAUGAUGAUGCCGGGGAUGGGAUUUGGCGGCUUGAAAGGGGCCGGCAAGGGUGGUCCGACGGCGGCUAAAGGCGAGGAAAAGGUGGAGAAGACUGCUUUUGAUGUGAAGCUCGAUUCUUUUGAUGCUGCAGCGAAGAUCAAAGUGAUUAAGGAGGUGAGGACGUUUACGAGUUUGGGGCUGAAGGAGGCCAAGGACUUGGUCGAGAAGGCGCCUACCCUGUUGAAGAAGGGGGUUACCAAGGAGGAGGCGGAUUCAAUUGUCGCGAAGAUGAAGGAAGUUGGUGCCAAAGUUUCUAUGGAGUGAGAGGAGAUGGCAAAGGAUCAUAUCUGAGCUUUGUUUUAUUCUGCAUUUAGUUGUGUCAUCUCAGCCAAAGUGAAGUACGCAGGGAGUUAUGAAGGCUCUGCCUUCUACAAGCACUUAACAUGAAAGAGGAAAAGCUUGUAGGGUUGUAGAAAACUGAGACGACUCAUUGUGGAGAUAGAAGGACAAAGCUGUGCCAAGUGACUUCAAGAGUAUGAUUUUGUUUGAAUUUUGACCACAAGAAAUGGUUUUGGUAUAUUGCAUUAUGACCAGAUUGAGGCUAGUACUAACUAAACCAUUGCCAAGCAAGGCAUAAAUUUUUCAGAAAAGCAGAGGCAUGAUGCAGAAA